UGAAGAAGAAUAAAAUAUACACGGCGACAAUGAAUAAGAAGGAAAAGGAGAAGUAUGUCGAGCAAUUUCAAUUCCCGCAUUGCGAUGAAGCUUUGAAAUAUGAAAAAGUCGCCAAAAUUGGACAAGGAACUUUUGGAGAAGUGUUUAAAGCGAAGGACAAAAAUAAUAAGAAAUUUGUUGCAAUGAAAAAAAUAUUGAUGGAAAAUGAAAAAGAAGGAUUUCCUAUUACAGCAUUGCGAGAGAUAAAGAUAUUACAAUUGCUAAACCAUGAAAAUGUUGUAAAACUUAUAGAGAUUUGUAGAACACGAGCUACCCAGCAUAAUCAAUAUCGCUCAACUUUUUAUCUGAUAUUUGAAUUUUGCGAACACGACCUGGCUGGCUUGUUGUCAAAUGUGAACGUAAAAUUUAAUCUAGGCGAGAUUAAGAAAGUUAUGCAACAACUGUUAAAUGGUCUUUACUAUAUUCAUAGUAAUAAGAUUUUGCAUAGAGAUAUGAAGGCUGCUAAUGUUUUAAUAACAAAAAAUGGUAUACUAAAGUUAGCUGACUUUGGUCUGGCACGAGCACUCAGUAUAAAAAAUUCUCAUCGUUAUACGAAUAGAGUCGUCACUCUAUGGUAUCGACCACCAGAACUGUUGCUCGGUGAUAGAAAUUACGGACCGCCUGUAGAUUUAUGGGGUGCCGGUUGUAUCAUGGCCGAAAUGUGGACAAGAUCGCCUAUAAUGCAAGGAAGCACUGAGCAACACCAGCUUGUAUUGAUUUCACAGUUGUGCGGUUCGAUAACACCCGAAGUAUGGCCCGGUGUCGAAAAUUUAAGUUUUUUUAAAGCUUCAACGGACCUUCCUAAAGGACAGAAGAGAAAGGUCAAGGAUAGAUUGAAGCCGUACUUGAAGGAUCGGCACGCUUGCGAUUUGUUGGAUAAAUUACUCACCCUUGAUCCUGAUAAGAGAAUCAACGCGGAUCAGUCAUUAAAUCACGAUUUCUUCUGGUCCGAUCCGAUGCCGUGCGAUCUUAGCAAGAUGCUAGCACAACAUACUCAGAGCAUGUUUGAAUACUUGGCGCCUCCGAGGCGACCCGGUUGCGUACGUCAUCAACAACCUGGCGAAGCAGGGAAUCCUACUACAAGUAGUGAGGCAGAAAGUGAGUUCCAUGAUCGUGUCUUCUAG